GCGUCAGCAGCGGCGAAUGCGCGUCAGCAGCAGCGAAUGCGCGUCAGCAGCGGCGAAUGCGCGUCAGCAGCGGCGAAUGCGCGUCAGCAGCGGCGAAUGCGCCUCAGCAGCGGCGAAUGCGCGUCAGCAGCGGCAAAAGAAGAGGGGAGAAGAGGAGAGGGUGGAGGAGCGAAGAGGAGAGGAGCGAGGAGGAGAGGAGCGGAGAGGGGAGGAGCGAAGAGGGGAGGAGCGAAGAGGAGAGGAGAGAGAGGAGAGGAGCGGAGAGGGGAGGAUCGAAGAGGAGAGGAGCGAAGAGGAGAGGAGCGAGGAGGAGAGGAGCGGAGAGGGGAGGAGCGAAGAGGGGAGGAGCGAAGAGGAGAGGAGAGAAGUGGAGAGGAGCGAAGAGGAGAGGAGAGAAGAGGAGAGGAGCGGAGAGGGGAGGAGCAAAGAGGAGAGGAGCGGAGAGGAGGGGAGCGGAGAGGGGAGGAGCGAAGAGGUGAGGAGUGGAGAGGGGAGGAGUGAAGAGGGGAGGAGUGAAGAGGGGAGGAGCGGAGAGGGGAGGAGCGAAGAGGGGAGGAGCGAAGAGGGGAGGAGCGAAGAGGAGAGGAGAGAAGAGGAGAGGAGCAAAGAGGAGAGGAGCGAAGAGGGGAGGAGCAAAGAGGGGAGGAGCGAAGAGGGGAGGAGCGAAGAGGGGAGGAGCGAAGAGGGGAGGAGCGACGAGGAGAGGAGCGAAGAGGAGAGGAGCGAGGAGGAGAGGAGCGGAGAGGGGAGGAGCGAAGAGGGUAGGAGCAAAGAGGAGAGGAUCGAAGAGGUGAGGAGUGGAGAGGACGGGAGUGAAGACGGGAGGAGACGGGAGUGAGGACGAGAGUGAAGAGGGGAG